AUGCCGGCAGAGAAACAGGCCACGAUGGCCAAUGACAAGGCUCGACCAGGCGAUUGGACCUGCCCCGGCUGCGGGGAUCUGCAGUUCGCGCGGAACCAGGCUUGCCGCAGGUGUGGCGUUGCCAAGCCGACGCUGCAGAGCAUGGGGCAAGCUGCUGCGACCUUCUAUCCCGGAGGUGUCGGAGCGGGCUCUCCCAACGGCCAGGAGAUGAAGUCUGGGGAUUGGAUCUGCCCCAACUGCGGGGACCUGGUCUUCGCGAGGAAUAGCCACUGCCGGCGCUGCGAUACUGCGCGGCCGGACUUCGAGCCCGCCAGGCUUCCCUGGCUUCCCUGGCUUUCCAGGUUAUCCGGGGUACUACCCUUGGUGGCCGGGCUACCCGCCGCCGAGACCUGA